GCGCAAUUCGUCGUCGCAAUGGUGUUGCUCCGGAAUUCGCUGCUCGACAGUGUCCAGUCAUGGAUAUCAAUUCCAACCCAGGAGUUUUCCUGUAGACACGCGCUUCUUUGAAGGUCGUACGCGCGCUCACUCCAACAUGGCCAAGGACAGCCCGUCUCAGCAGCGACCUGCAGGGCGCGGCAUGCAGCAUGCCUCGCGCGAGAUCAACCCCAAUCUCGCAGAUCUGCCCAUGCUCAUGUGCAGUUUCCUCUCCGGGCUUGUCGACGCUGCAUCCUUCAAUGCCGCCGCCGUCUUUGUCUCGAUGCAGACGGGCAACACCGUCUUCAUCGCUCUAGGCGCUGCCAGCCUCCCAGCGGGUGACGCGAGACGAUGGCUUCGCGCUCUGGUCUCUGUCGCCUCGUUCCUCACGGGCUGCACCUUUUUCGCCAGCAUGUCGCGUCUGCUGGGGCCCCUCCGUCGCUCGACCUUGUUCGCGUCCUUCUUCUUGCAGACGCUGCUGCUUGUCGUGUGCGCCAGCCUCGCGCAGACCAACGUGGCGCCCGCGUUCGGGAUCGCCAACGUGGACCCCUUUGCGCACGUCGAUUUGCAAGAAAAGCAGGCCCGUGACGACCAGUGGGCGGUCUACCUCACGGUGGCGCUGCUCGCGUUCCAGUCGAGCGGGCAGAUUGUGCUGAGUCGCGCGCUGGGCUUGGGUGAGAUUCCCUCGGUGGUGCUGACGUCGCUGUACUGCGAUCUCGUGUCCGAUCCGAAUGUGCUGCAGAGCUCGAAUACGAAGCGCAACAGGCGCGCGCUGUCUGUGGUGCUGUUCAUGAUUGGGGGCAUUGCUAGUGGAUGGUUGCAGAGGACGGUCGUGGGCGUGCGUGGCGUGCUGUGGAUUGCAGCUGGGAUCAAGCUGGUGAUUGCCUUUGGGUGGCUCGUAUGGAAGGGCAAGAGUAAAGAGGGGGCUGACGCUUCAUAAGGUCAUUUUUAUAGACUUAGACAUAGACAUGGACGCGGACCUCACGCAAGUAUAGACAUAGACACUAGACAAUUCCCAAUUCCAGACACCUCCUCGCUCCA